UACACGGUCCGGUUUCAACGGAUGCGAUAGAAACGCAUCCGUUUCUACUUCAUGGGAUUUACGUGAUACACACUGCGUUGAAAACGGAUAUGCAGUAAGAAAAUUUCCAAAAUUUAGUUGCUUCGAGAUUUUCAUAGAGAGACGAUGUCUUCGUUGCUGAGGAUUAUUUGUGGCCUUGAAGCAGAAGGUCUUUUGCGAGAGCCAAGACAACGUAAAUAUUGGAGGCAUCCAUAUUUUGAAAGUCGUGUAGAAAAAAAAAAAUUCGAAAAAUUUUAUACAAAUAUUCGGCAGUACAAUGACAAGUUUUUCAAUUAUUACCGAAUGUCGAAAAAAUCAUUUGACGAAUUGUUAUCUGUGUUAAAACAAGAUAUUUCAAGAAGAAAUACAACGAUGAGGACAGCCAUAUCAGCAGAGGAGCGAUUAACAAUUACAUUGAGGUAUUUGUCAACUGGUAACUCCUUUGCGGCCUUACAAUUUGAAUUUAAUAUUGCCCGGUGUACAAUUGGAAAAAUAAUACGUGAAGUGUGCCGAGCUAUUUGGACCUGCUUAAAAGAUAGAGAAAUGCCAAAACCCACUACAGAAAUGUGGCUAGAUAUUGCCGAUAAAUUUUAUAUGAAAACUGAUUUCCCAAAUUGUGUUGGAGCUAUAGAUGGCAAACAUAUACGUUGUAUAAAUCCACAUAAUAGUGGUUCUAAUUAUUUCAACUACAAAAAAUAUUUUUCGAUCGUAUUGAUGGCUGUGGUCGAUGCAAAUUUAAGUUUUAUUGCUAUAAAUGUUGGAGCCUAUGGAAAGGAAGGAGAUUCUACAGUAUUCCGAGAUAGUCCGUUGGGGAAAAAAUUAUACUCAGGAGCCUUGAAUUUGCCACCACCUCGUUGUUUACCGAAUACAGACGACAAUCCUCAGCCAUUUGUAAUGGUUGGAGAUGAAGCCUUUAAAAUAUCAUCAAAUUUGCUGCGCCCGUAUCCAUCUCGUAAUCUUACUCCAUGUAAAAGAGUGUUUAAUUAUCGCCUCUCACGAUGCAGACGUACGGUAGAAUGUGCUUUCGGUGUUUUAUCAAAUAAAUGGCGCGUUUUUCAUUCCGCCAUAUUAGUACAACCCGAAUUCAUUGACGAUAUUGUUAAGGCUUGCUGUAUCUUACACAAUUAUGUACGUAAAAGAGAUGGAAUUAAUUUCGAAGAUAUGGAUACUUAUUCAUUAAGUGACAUUGAUAAUUUUGGCGAAUCAAUAAGGGGCCAAGGUUUAGAUAUUAGAGAUUAUUUUGCAAAUUAUUUUAUGGGUCCCGGGGCAGUCAGUUUUCAAGACAAAUAUAUGUAUUAAUCCGUAUGUAUACGCUUAUAGGUAUAUCACAUUAAAAAUAAUAAAAUUUAUUCAUGUUACACUCAAUAAAUAAAAUAAAAUAAAAUCUA